UGCCUGGAAGGGAGAGAAUGCCUGAGGAAUGAUCUUUUCAUCCCAGCGGCUUCACCAGGCUUUUCAAAAUAUGGAAUGCAAUUUAACCGUCGCUCUGCCAAGGAAUCUGUUGUAGCCAGUUCCUGGAGUCUUAUGUGAAAUUUGAUUGGUAGCAUCAGUUUCGCGCUCCAGCUUUGCCAUCCUUUCCAUCCUUCCUUCUUUCCUUCCUCCUUCCUUCUUCCCCCUCGAACGUGGAAGAUGUCCAGCAACUACAGCACCCAAGAAACCCUGGACAUCAUGAAGGAGUCUGAGAAGAUGCUGGUGAAGGAGUCGGUCAACAAGAACAAGCUCAUCAGCCGCUCGCCCAGCAGGGAGGGGACGGAGGAGGAGGCUGACGAGGCCAAUGCACAGCUAGACCCACAGCGGCGAACCCAAAACUAUGGACACAGCAGGAAAAGAGCCAAGUCUAAUGCAAAGUUAAAGCUGGUGCGAAGCCUUGCAGUGUGUGAAGAAUCUUCCAGCCCCUUCGCUGGGGAUGGGCCUCAGGAAACACAGGACAUUAUUCAGUUACACAUCAGCUGUCCUUCUGAUAAAGAGGAAGAGAAGUCAUCCAAAGAAGAAUCGGAGAAGGAGGAGAAAGAUAAAAAUAAAGAGAAGGAUCCCAAGAAAAUGCUGUCGCGAGACUCCAGCCAGGAGUACACAGAUUCAACAGGAAUAGACGUGCACGAGUUCUUGGUGAAUACGCUGAAAAACAAUCCAAGGGAUAGAAUGAUGCUGCUAAAACUGGAACAGGAUAUUCUAGAAUUUAUCAAUGAUAACAAUAAUCAGUACAAGAAGUUUCCUCAGAUGACCUCCUAUCACCGCAUGCUGUUGCACCGGGUCGCUGCUUACUUUGGCAUGGAUCACAAUGUCGACCAAACUGGAAAAGCCGUCAUUAUCAACAAGACCGGCAACACCCGCAUCCCAGAGCAGAGGUUUUCUGAGCAUAUCAAAGAUGAGAGGAACAUGGAUUUCCAAAAGAAAUUCAUUCUGAAGAGAGAUGACGCCAGUGUUGAUAAGGAUGAUAACCAGAUCAGAGUCCCGCUACAGGAUGGCAGGAGAAGUAAAUCCAUAGAAGAGAGAGAAGAGGAGUACCAGAGAGUCAGAGACCGCAUAUUCGCUCGGGAAUCCUCGCAAAAUGGGUACAUCAACGACAGCAGACUCUCCAAAGAAGGCUUUUCUUCUAGUUCUCAAAAAAGGAGGCAGAUUUUUAGGGGGAACAGGGAGAGCUCUAGCCGGGCCUCCAGCAGCCGGCAGAGCAGCAUAGACAGCGAGCUCAAGUGCCUGGAUCCGCGGCCCUGGAGCAGCACGGACUCGGACAGCUCCAGCCGCACCUUGCGCCCCCCUGUCACCAAGGCCAGCAGCUUCAGCGGCAUCUCCAUCCUCACCCGCGGAGACAGCAUCGGCAGCGGGAAGGGAGGGCCGACCGGCUGCAGGCUCUCCCGGACAGGUCUUCCAAUGGGCACCCUGGAUCUGUGCAGCCAACCACAAGCUCCUCAAACCGGGAGAAGCCUCUUGCCAUGCCCCCCUCAACAAGCACAAGGGCAGACGCAUCAGCAGACUGGCCUCCUGCCCACUCCACAGCACCCUCCCCUCGGCAAUCACAUGAUGGGCCAGCCUGUCCCAGCUCCACAGACUAUGCAGUACUCGGCAAGCUCCUGUCCCCAGGUUCUCCUUCCAGUCUCUCCUCCCCAGCAGUACACCAUGGCCGAUGACCUGGGCCCACAGUUUAGGCAGAUGAGCCUGAGUCGGCAGGGCUCCGGUGAAGCAGAGCCCCCUCCUGCCCUGUACCAGACUCCCACUGUCUUGUCCCAGCACCCUCCACAACCUGGUUACAUCAUGGCUUCCACGGGACAGCCCAUCCCGGGCUCUGGGUACCAGCCUGGCUCCACACAUCCCCACCCCCCUCCACCCGGAGGGGGGAGACAGCCUGUGCUGCAGCCCCCACCACCACAGAGCUACAUGCAGCCACCCCCCCAGCAGAUCCAGGUGUCCUACUACCCUCCUGGGCAGUAUCCAGGCUCCAGUCAGCAGUACCGGCCCCUUUCCCACCAGGUCUCCUACGCCUCCCAGAGAGCUCAGCAGAUGCCCCAGCCAGCACAGCAGUCAGGUCUCCAAACAAUGAUGCCAAACCAGCAACAAGCCUACCAGGGUAUGAUGGGGGUCCAACAGCCACAGAAUCCUGGCCUCAUGAGCAACCAGCGGGGCAGCAUGGGCAACCAGAUGCAGGGCAUGGUGGUCCAGUAUCCUACGCUUCCUUCCUAUCAGGUUCCCGUGGGUAAUGAUUCCCAGCAGGUGGUGCAGCAGACAUACCAACAGCCAGUGAUGGUGCCGGCGAACCAGUCUGUGCAGGGUGGGCUGCCAGGAGGGGCCCUGCCAGUCUACUAUAGCGUGAUCCCACCAGCACAGCAGAACAGCACAAGCCCCUCUCUAGGGUUCCUCCAGCCCCAAGUGUCCGAGCAGUUCCAGAUGCCCCAGUCUCCCUCCCCUUGCAACCCUCCUCAGAUCCAGCAGCAUUAUUCAGGUGUGGCCCCUCCAGGCCCCGGAGUGGUAGUGAUGCAGCUGAGCGUCCCCAACGGCCCCCAGCCCCCUCAGAACCCACCUAUGGUCCAGUGGAACCAGUGCAAAUACUACAGCAUGGAUCAGAGGGGGCAGAAACCAGGGGAGCUCUACAAACCUGACAACGGGCCCCAAGCCAAUAACCAGAUGAGCCCCCUAGCCUCUCCCACCCAGUCUCCCACCCCCUUGCCCUCAAACAACGUCAACACAGUGUGUCCUGGACUGGGUCACCUGCCUUUAAUCGCACAGUUCCCCAGACCUGCGGGGCCCGCACAAGGUGAUCACAGCCGUUACUCCUUGUUGGGCCAGCCUUUGCAAUACAGCCUCUGUCCACCUCCGCUGAUCCACAGCCAGUCUUCAUACGCCACACACCAGGGACAAUCUGGAAUGAAGCAUGGCCGAGGGAAGCGUCCAACACUGAAAUCUGCAUCAACAGAUCUGGGAACCACGGAUGUAGUGGUCAGCCGGAUCCUGGAAGUGACGGAUCUCCCCGACGGAAUCACGCGUACAGAGGCUGAGAAACUCUUCAACCAGCUGGCCAUGUCUGGAGCCAAGAUCCAGUGGCUGAAGGACAUGCAGGGUCGGGGGGACUGUGGUGGGGGAGGAUGCGGGGGUCCCCCAGGCAAGGGGGGCAACGACCCCGCCAACCUCUACACUGUAGUGGCCGUUUUCCCGAGCACGAUGGCCGCACAGAGCGCCUCCUUCAAACUCAACAACUCCACUAGCCGCUUCAAGCUGCGGGCAACCAAAAAGAACUAUGACCUGCGCAUCCUGGAGCGGGCUAGCUCACAGUAAGGUGGAGGAGGGAGGGAGGGAGGGGGCGGGCGAGUUGAGUUUCGCCGCCUUUGUCAGAAGAGCACACAAAAAAGACACGUGUGGUGUGCUGAAGAAGAAAUUCACACACACGUGCACAAACACACUGGACAGUCUCCCUCACUACCGUUCCUCUCUCUCUCUCUGUCUCUCUGUUCGUCAGCCACAACCCUAUUUUUUCCAACCUUCCUCCCUUUUUAAUUCCGGAUUCUUUCUUUUUUUUUCGCUGCCUCUGUUGGCUUUUGUUUGCCUUACUACUGCUGUGGCUUCCAGUACUGCUUGCUUUGUAAUUCGUUGUUUUUUUUGUGUUUUUGUUUUUUCAAACUUUUUUUUUUUUUGGGGGUUCUAUAAAUAUUUAUAUACAGUAAGUGAUUUAAGAUUUAAAAGCAUAUAUUCAGUGAUUUCAAUGGAAGAAUUUACUACCUUACCUCUCCUUCGUCCCUUUCUUUCUUUCUUUCUUUCUUUCUUUCUUUCUUUCUUUCUUUCUUUCUUUCUUUCUUUCUUUCAAUAUCCCGGACUCCACCCCGUUUCUUUCCACCACCCCCAUCGUUUUUUAUUCUCGUGUUUGCGAUUUUUCUGUUGACAGCUGUGCAGAACGUAUCAGAAGAAGUAUUUAAAAAGUGCACAAUGAUUGCAUAUGUCUACUGUACAUUUUAUUUAAUCUGUUAUUUUGUUUUUAAAAAUAUAAAACGGAAAAAAAAAAUUGUCUGCCAGUAUCGACUCUGCAUAUUUUUUCGCUUGUGCCGUUUGCUCAUUUUUCAUUUACGUUUUUCAAUUCAAGUCUAGUCAGUCAGUCACUUACAGUAUAGUCAGUCUAAAGCCUCAUUUCCAUCAG